AUGCCGGGGCGCGCUCGGCUCCGCGGGGCCCUGGGCGCCUGGCUGCUGCGCGGCCUCUGGGUCUGCGCGCUGGGCGGCCUCUGCGGCCUGGGGGCGGCGGCGCCGGGGGCGGGGGCCGGGGGCGCGCCGGGGACCCCGCGCCCGUGCCAGGCGCCGCAGCAGUGGGAGGGCCGCCAGGUUGGGUACCGGCAGAGCACCGGGCGCACCAGCCGCGCCCUCCUCUCCUACGACGGGCUCAACCGGCGCGUGCGGGUGCUGGACGAACGCAAGGCGCUGAUCCCCUGCAAGAGAUUAUUUGAAUAUAUUUUGCUCUAUAAGGAUGGAGUGAUGUUUCAGAUUGAACAAGCCACCAAACAGUGCUCCAAGAUCACCCUGACGGAGCCCUGGGACCCUCUAGACAUUCCUCAGAACGCCACCUUUGAGGACCAGUACUACAUCGGGGGACCCCUAGAGCAGAUCACCGUCCAGGAGUGGUCUGACAGGAAGUCGGCUAGAUCAUAUGAAACCUGGAUUGGCAUUUACACAGCCAAGGAUUGCUACCCCGUCCAGGAAACCUUCACCAAGAACUACAGCGUGAUACUGUCCACGCGGUUUUUCGACAUACAGCUGGGCAUUGAAGACCCCUCGGUGUUUACGCCGCCCAGCACCUGCCAGACGGCCCAGGCCGAGUGGCUGGGGGGCGACUGCUCGUGGGAAGCCCGUGAGCGCAGAGGUGCUGGCCUCGGACGUCAUCCCCACCUCGAAAGGAACGUGAGGCUUUCGAGAAGUAAGAACCUCCCCUGGAGAUACAUGUCCUCCUUGUAGGAAGAUGCACGUCGAUCGGGGUUCUCUGUACAUACUUUGUUGACUACUCGCGCCUUGUUUACAGAAGGGACUGGACUGGAGGAUGUGCGGGGACAGGAACGGAAGGGAGGGCAACCCGGGGACUUCAGUCAGGCGCCCAGCCUGCACGGGCGCUGGCCCCCGUGUGCCAGGUGUGUCCAGGUGUGCCCCCCCGCGUGCCAGGUGUGUCCAGGUGUGCCCCCCCGCGUGCGCAGGUGUAUCCAGGUGUGCCCCCCGCGUGCGCAGGUGUGUCCAGGUGUGCCCCCCCCGCGUGCGCAGGUGUAUCCAGGCGCACUGGCGUGCACGGGCGGGGCCGGCAGGAGCGCUGUGCCUGGCGGGGAGCAGUGUUUCAUCACUGGCGUGACUGAAGAUAGCUGCCACCGGGUGACAGUAAAAGGCAGGACGAUCUUGGUCAGUGUUACUGUUAACUUGUACGCGCUCUACAGAUAACGGCUCCUUUACUGCCGGGCCGGGGGCUGAGUCCUCCCCCAGCCCCACCUCCUGCACCUGUCGCCACCGACUUAGUGAUUCCUUAAAAUCCCUUCCAGGAGUAAGGGCUUUAUGGCAUGACCUGAGUGAUGUAAAUUUGGGGAGGAAACAAAAGGCCAUAAAGCAAAGUAAUCAUGCCUCCAAGAGACACUGUAAAACGAGAGGGUUUGAAAAUCUUGAUGUCUGUACCUAGGGAAGCAUGAGCUAUGUAUGCUACCUUUUUUUCUAUGCAAGAGUAUUGAUACAUACGUGCGGAAUCAUCACGUAUUUGUCAGGGGAUCUAGAAAGACAGGUAGUAUUCUCAAAAUAGCACUGAGUCAGAAGUCAGGAGACUGUUGUCUUCAAAAUCCAGAAGAGGGAUUCCUUUGUACUUGAACUCCUUUGAUUAACUAAAUGCACUACCUUUGGCUCACCUGGGCCUUCCUGGGGCACUUGUUUCACACCCUCUGUGUCUGUAUGACCUCUGCUCACCCCUGGCAGGCCAGCUGGCACUUGACCUUCAGAAUGCUGCUCCCGAGCCCGGAUCGGGUGCACCCUGUAGCUUGAGCAUGCUGUUCUCAUGAUACUGCUUCGGCUGUGUGCUCGCUUCCUGCUUACUGGACACUGUCACCCACUAGCUUGGCUACGAGCUGCUUGAAUACGGGUACCGCGUUGUGCUUACUUUUAUAUGCCCAGCACCAAAUAAGUGCCUGGCACAUGGUCAGUGCCCUAAACAUUUGUAGAGUGGGGGACGCCAGCCUGUCUGGUCCUUGGUUUCCUCAUCUGUUCAAGGGUUGGGUUGGGUUUGCUGACCUCUAGGGAGAGUCUAAGUAAUAAAAUUUAUUAUUCUAGAUUUUUCGGCGAUUGUGUUUCAUCUGGCUAUCGCCUAUUAGUAGGAGAAAUGUGUGACAUCUGUAACAUGCUGAAAACAAUCUGUAUUACUCACAGUUUAUUUCAAUAAACAAGUUUAAUUGCA